AGUUCAUUUUAGUUGUUUAAAAAAACAACACAAACACCUUAAAAUUUUAUAGUAAUCAAUUCCAGAAUAUAUUACCAAAAUUUUAAGAUUAUGCUUUAAAAUUACGAGUGAUUGGAGCUUAUAUAAAAAAGAAACCAUCUUGGAACCAUUGAACGUUACCACACGAGAGACAAAGGGGCAACAUCAUUUUGCUUAGUUAGAGUAAUUAAUUAUCCAACAAAAUGGCCGACAAUGAGGGAGCGGAAGAGCAGGAGUUCGACGAGGACGAUGGCAUGGCGGCCAUGGAUGAGGGUGGCAUGGAAGAGGGCAUUGAAGAUGACCUAUUCUCACGCCUGGGCGAGUCUUCGGACGAUCCGGAGCAGAGACGAAUGUAUCACGAGUAUUUGGCGCUAAUCAAGGAGAUCGACUGCCAGAACAGGAUUAUACAGGACAUUAAGAUGCAGGUGAUGGACAUGUGCGAGCGACCCUGUAAGACGCGUAACGAGCUGCGCGAGAUCAAGCGCCUGCGCAUCUGCAUGGAACAGGAGAAUAUCAAGCUGCACACCAUGAUGAAUCGAGCCGUAAAGCUGCAGAACUUCGGAUCCCGGCGUCAUUAUCGCGAGCUGAACAUGACCACCACCGUCGAUGAGGACAAUAUAUCGCCAUAUUGCAUGGGUCCCUGUGGCGCACCAGCUGGGGGCAGUGGCGCAACAGCUACCGAGUGUAGCGACGAGGCUCCCUCCAGCUGCUGCCAAGCGGAGGGUCAGGAGGAUCGGCUCAUUAAGGCGCUGAGCAAGGCCAUGCAGAAGAUGAAGGGCGCCUGUCCGGAGGACAUGAAAAUGAUGCAGGAAAUCGCCUGCGCCAUAAUGGCCUCCAAGUCCAAGCCGAAGCAGGUCUGCAAUCCAGGGCCAUGCCAGAAGGCGCAGUCGCCCUGCGAGGACAGCAGCAGCAGCAGCCAAGGACCUCCAUGCCCACCCUGCCCACCGCCGCCGUGUCGUACAGCGAAGCGCUCCCGCCAGCGUGCACAGUCGCCCUGUCCACCGCCGUGCCCGCCGCCGUGUAACAAGAGCGACUCCCUGGACAAGCUGAAGCGUCGCAUCGUCAACAUGCAGUGCUCGGUGAAGAAGCUGCUCAACGAGGUCAGCAAACGCGAGACACAGGAGCCAACGUCGUGCGGCGGCUUCGAUGAUGAUGAUGACCACGAUCAUGAACAUGAUGAUAGCUGCAAUGUGGGCUCGGCGCGUCCGCCUUGCCCAGAGGAUCCCGAUCCGCUGGUCAUCUGUGGCGGCAAACGCAACACCAAGGCGGACAAGUACGAGAAGAUGAAGGAGAACUAUGCACGACUGUUGACACAGUUUCAGCGCAAGGACUGCCAAAUGAAGGAGCUGGAGAAACGCAUGAAGGGCUUUAUGGGCAGCUGUGGUGGCGGGGGCAAAGGGGCAACCUCGGACGCUGACGCCGCUGAGUUGAAUCUGCUGCGUGCCCGGGUCAACGAGCUGAAGGAGGAACAGUUGGAGUUCAAGUGCAUCAUGAAGGAGCAGUCGCAGCAGCUGGAGGACUACCGCAACAAGUACAUGCUGGCCCAGCAGAAGGUCGAGGAGCAGUGCGUCUCGCUGGAGAAGCUGAACAUGAACAACAAGCGCAUCGAGCAGCAGAUCAAUACGGAGGUCAAGGAAAUACGCUCCAAGUUCCAGGAGAAGCUCAACGAGCUGCUGCACUUCCCCAAGCUGCUGGAGAACGAGCAGCUUAAGCUGGCGCAGGUGUGCAAGGAGAAGGAUGAUCUGCAGAGCAAACUUGUGGUUGUCUGCAAGGAGCUGAAGUCCUGCAAGACGCAGAUGGAGGCUCCCACCCAGGAUCUGGGACCACAGCUGGCCCAGUGCCAGCUCGAUCUGUCCCAGGCCCGGAAUGAAAUCGAGGAGCUGCUGCGCCAGCGCGACCUCUUCUGCGAGCAGCUGAAGACCACACAGGACGAUCUGGACACGUUGCGCACCGAGUCCGCCAAGAUUAUUGCCGGCACCAAGGAGCGCGCCGAGAUGAUAAAGGCCCAGCAACAGGAGCAAAUCAAUCGCCUCGAAAAGGAGCUGGCCCAGUGCCGUGCCACAGCCAGCCUGUCGGUCAACGAUCGCGAGGCGGUCAUCCGCGAAAUGCAGGGCCAGCUCAACACCCUCUCGUACAGCUUCGAUGCGGCCCAAAAGCAAAUCAAAACCCUCCGCAAUCACAUCGCCUACGUGUCCAACGAGAAUUGCUUCCCGGUCAAAUGUUAACUCGGAUCAGUUUUCCCCAGAUUUCAAUGUUCUCAUCCAACUGCCGUCCACCCUGUGCCUGUGUGUAUGUGUGUGUGCGUGUGUGUAUGCAUGUGCUUGUGCGCGCCUCUGUGCUGCUAAUGCUAAAGCUCCAAAGAAUGCGUCUCUCAGGAAAUGUCUGAUGGACUCUUGCUAAUCUCUAGCAAAACUACAUCAACUUUCUCUCAGCUCACUGUGAAUCUUUAGUCGAACGGGAUUUAGAAACACUCUAAAUUACACAUCACAUACAUGCAUGCAUAUAUAUAAUAAUAAUUUCUCUAUAAUAAAAGCGGUUCAAAAUCA